UUCCGUUUUCUCUCAGCAUUUCCACUUUGACUGUACUCUCUCUCUCUCUCUCUCUCUCUCUCUCUCGGUGCAGUGCGGUUUUUCGAUCUGAGUUUGAAGUUCAAGAAUUCAGCGGCUAAAAGGUAUUGUUUUUCACUGGUUGAUGAAUUGGUUUUGGUGAAGGGAACAACUGUGGCGAUAUUCUUGGGAGAGAAACACUAUGCGGUGGUUCCUGAGUCUUUCUAUUGAUGUGUAUCGGAAAGUUAUCUCAUUGAAUCUCUAUUGUAAAGUGAUCCUGUAAAUUCCUUUACAAGCCUCGCCUUAAAUUCUUAACCUUUUUCGUCUUGUAACUCGAUGGGAUCCACUUUCUUCGUUGUCGUUCCCUGUUACGUUCGUCAGAUUAGCUGAACAGUAGCAAAUCCAAUAUCCUCUCUGCUUUCUUUCUCAUUUUGUUUCCUGGGUGAAAAAUCUGACUGCUUGUUGUUUAUUUCUUGGUCUAGUUAUCCCUCCAGUUACGUGUAUUAGGUGUCCCUUUGCUGACGAUUAAUAUAGUUUUCUGUGUUCAAAUUAACAUUGUCCCUUUGUUUGUUCUUCUCUGGAAUUUCGUUCUUUCUGUUAUCAAUAUAUUGAAGGGCUGGGAAGUAGUUAUGGUGUGCCAAGCUGCGAGCCAAACAAAUUUUCGGGCAUUGAAACACGAAAACGGGAUUGCUGGGUGUGCCACCAUUAUAGUUAGAGUUAUAGCAUGCUUUCAACCGCUUCAGGAUUGCCAGGCUGAAUAUUUCCGUCAUCUGCUUAAACCUGUCACGUAGAUUUAGUUUUUCACUUUCGUUUUCAAGUUAAGCUGGAUUGUUUUAUUUUUUUCAUUAUUACUGAAAGAAGUAAGUGAACAGCCACUUCUACUACAGCAGAAAUCCUUUUUCGGUGAUUGUUGUGGUUAAAUGGGAGAAGAUUGGGGAUCUCUGUUUCCUCAGCAGCGAUUUAAUUGGCAAUCACCCAAUUCAAAUUACUUGGGUGCUUCACUUGCCUUUGGGCAGCAAAAUGCUCUUCCUUUGCUUAUGGAUCCCAAUACUAACAUGGUCUCUACAAAUGGGAUCGGGUAUCCAUUUACUGAGCUACUGCACUCACUGGCUAGCCAGGAAAAUGAACCUCGUGGAUGGUUUCAUGGUUUGCCUCACUUCCGACAGGCCGUAAUGCCUCCUUCAAACUCUGUUCUUAAAGAGAGAAGGCCUCGUUUAGACACUGUUCUCAAAGAGAAACUCCCAACUGCCCCUCAUGACAAUAAGGAGAACAACAUACCUAAGGCAGUCUCUGGCUGUGAUCAGAAAAGAUUGCUUGUUUUUGACCAGUCAGGUGAUCAAACAACUUUGAUCUUUAGUUCUGGAGUUGGGACUUCUGUCCAGUUCUUGAAGUCUUGGAUACCAAAACCAACAGUUGGCUUUGAUUUGAAUAGGGAAAUUCCUGGGGCUAAAUGUCAAAAUUUUCAUUUAGGACCAAUCGCAAAUGAUGAAUUUGUUGAAGAUGAUGGGAUUGAUAUGCAUGAGGACACUGAAGAACUGAAUGCCUUGCUUUACUCGGAUGAUGGAAGUGUUUGCUCUGAAGAUGAAGUCACCAGUACAGGUCAUUCACCUAGUACAAUGACAACACAUGAUAGGCGAGAUUGGUUUGAUGGAAGCGCAGAAGAGGUUGCUAGUUCUAAUGGUUCAAACAAAAAGAGAAAGCUGUUUGAUGGAGGUUAUACAGAUGCUCCAUCACUCAAUGACACAGCUACUUCUGUAAAACCCACUAGAUGUUUUGGUCACGAGGAAGAUGCAGAAUCCAGGUGUGACAAUGGCACCAAUUCAGUGUUACAUGAAAUGGGUUCAGAAUCAGGCAACAAGAGGAUGAGAAAAGAGAGUAUUCGUGAGACAAUGAGCAUUCUCCAGAACCUCAUUCCAGGUGGAAAGGGCAGGGAUGCAAUUGUUGUUCUUGAAGAAGCAAUUCAAUACUUGAAGUCAUUGAAGUUCAAAGCGAAAGCUUUAGGACUUGAUGCUCCAUGAGUUUCAAUGCUUGUUAUGCCAGUAAUGCUAGGUAGUACUACCUGGUAUUGUCCUAUUAUUAGUUAGAUAUUACUAGUGUUGUGUGCGGAAUAAGUAAGGUGAAAACUUAUGUUGGGUUUGAUUUGAACCGGAGAAACAGUUCCUAGCGAAUGAGGUGAGUAAUAGUAAAAGGAGGAAAGAUCGGUGUCCAUCUCUUGUAGCCUGUCUCAAUUUCAAUGUUCAGCGGCUCAAACUGCAAAUCAGCAAGCUUUGGAUUAUGAAAAAUUUGCUGCCGUCUAGAAAGAGGAAUGGAAUUGCAGCGUAAGAUGUCCCAAUAAAGGAAAGUGAGUCAUUAAGCUAUGUCUUAGGGUUUAGAGAAAGUAGCACUCAUUCCUGGGCGUGGGGUGCUGGCUGUGUGAAUGAGAAGACUAGUUCUAGAGGGACCCCCAUAAAGAGGAUGUAUGCACGCUUCUUGGGUGUGUCUUGAUUCCCAACUCAUUCUUCCCUUUUUGUAUUCUCAUCGAAGUUUUAUGUUUUGUGGGGUUAAUUCUUGUGAAUGUGCAACAUUUGCACGAGUGAGGGCAUCCUUUAUUUCACCUUGCAACUUCAUAUAGUGGCCCCAGUUCACCAUGUCAUGUAUCCUUCCAAGUAUUGUUGUAACUCAGGAUGUACUCCUAUAGAUUGUAAUGGUUUUGUAAUUGGAAUGUGGAAGAACAGUUGUGGUGUUUGUUUGCAUGGGGCUAU